GCAACACAGGGACAGGAAGCUACAGGAAGCCCAGCUGGGCCACAAGAGUGACCCACAAUCGUGAGGGACGCAGCAUGGAAGAACACCGGCCAGGACCACCACAACGGGGGAUCCAUGCGUUCUGGGUUCUGGGUCGUAACAGGUAGGCAGGAAAGUCUCGGCCGGUGCUCAUAUGGUUUACGGUAGUUGCUAAGAACUGGGAGUGGCUCAUUUUGCCCAACAAGCAACAGGGACUUACUGUGUGUCUCUCUUACCUGUCACAUCCUCCCCCUCUUAACUACUACAAGGCAACUAACCUGGAAUAUUUGGAACUAUCUGGCAAUGGUGCAGAAAGGCCCUGCUCUCUGCCUUGCCUUAGUUGGUUGUAGCUUCAGGGAAGCUGUUACUGCUAUCUUGGCCCAUAGCUCUUCACCUUUUUGUGGAUGCAACAUUCCUCACAUAAGGGACCAGGGCAUUCAAAGUGUUCCAAGGAAGCAGCACUUCACAUUCCAGCCACAAAAUCUAGCAUGACUCAAUGGAGGAGGAGACAAAGUUCCUGAUUAAACAAGCACAUCAGCUCCACUCAAAGCCAGACAUCAAGUCUGCAAGUUUCUCCAAGAUGUUCCAUCCAUCUAGCUGAAUGUUCUGCCUGCUAAGUGUUUGACGCAGGGUUGGGCAAGAGCCUAUUAGGAACGGGUUAUUGACCUUAUAGGCCAGCUUGGGGAACUAAAGGGUGAAGGCAACAUUGCAUAGCUGAUUUGUUCCCCGGCUCAUAAAGAGACAGGCUGCCUUCUUACAGAGGCCGGUUUAACCAGCCAAGGUUGACGCUGCUGCCAAAGCAAAUGAAGUGUUUCCCACCGGCCACUUGCCAAGGCCAGGCUCAGUGAAGCAGCGGCACAAGUCCCAUGGUAGAAAUGAGCCCAUUCACAUGGAUGGGAAGGUAAACUCCCAGAGCCACUUUUUGAAAAGAAACUACUGACUCUUCUCUGCUGGACACUUCCUGCCCUUGCCUGCAACAAACAGCAUCCGAGAUUCAAUUGGGAUUUAAGUCCAGCGAGAGCAGUUCCCAUCUCUGCCCCUGACCUCUAGGACAGUUCUUCCAACUGGGAUACACCAGUGGGCCUCAGUGGCACAGCCUGCCCAGUACUUCUUCCAUGCCUGCCCUGCUCUCUAGCCCUGCCAAAGCCUUUUGGUUGAACUAAUGCCAGCAAGAGUCACUCCUUACAUGCUGAGCAAAGGUAGCCAACAGAGAGAGGUUCAGAGGCAGGGAGGUUCCCCCCUUCUCAGGAGAAAGGCCCGGAAGUGUUAAAGGAAAUUCAAGAGUGAGAUAGAAAGGUAUUAUUGCUAAAAUAAUAAUAACCACCACCAAACCAGGAAAAGAAAGGGAAGAGUAUUACAGGGGAUGCCAUAGGAAGUGAAUGUAAAAGGACCAGAGAGGAUGGAUGAAAGAAACAGGCAAGGUUGUUUUCUUAGGAAGCAAAAGCAGAAGCUUCAGGUGAUGGCUAAAAAUUACUUCAAGAGGCACAUAGAAAGGGGAAAAUAGCAAAGACUACGCUUCUCUAAUUAGAGCCCUGGGGUGAGCAAAUUCUGCCUAAAAUGUGGAAGCUGCAUCGCAAAACUCCCAGAGCAAAUGCCUGUGCUUGGCUUGAGAAAAGGUUAAUUAUGAAACUCCUUGCCACAAGGAAACCACUAUGGCAAAUAAUCUAUAGCGAAUUCAAUGGAUUAGAUAACAGCAUGAUGCUGGUCGUUGCUAAUUUAUGCCCAAAUCUGCCUCCACCUGCCUCCAUUUUGUGACCGGCUGUGCCCUGCACCACCAGUUUGUGGCUGACAAUCCCAGUAAUCUUUAGCCAUCUCAGGCAGGUCUGCAUGGAAAGUUUGAGAAUCCUUGCUCUAGAAAAUGCACAGAAGCGGAUGGCUUGAAUCCACCUCUUUCCUUGUCAGGACGGGAAUUGGCAAAAACACACUCGGUUCCAUAGAUAGAGCUGUGGCACCUGGUAACUGGGUUAUUUUGAGCAUGCUGUCGGUUGUUCCUUUUGUUUUCAGUAUUAUCAGGAGAGCCAGCUGUAACUUAUUGAUUCCACCUAUACAUCUCUUCCCUGUACUACUGUUUUCAGCCUCAUCUCCUCUGCUAGUAACAAAGGCAUCCUACAAAUAUCUUCCACAACCUUUUUUUUUUAACCCAGCAAGCUCCUAGUCCUCAUGUUUUCAGGGAUACAACAGUCUAGAAUUGUGGACAGUUUCAGCUGCAGGGCUUGGUCAGAUAACCAUUUCCUGUUCUGAAUCCUGAAGGCAAAAUUUGAGUCACUCGGACAUAAAUAUUAGAGUGCCCAGGGACACAGUAGUGUGGUUACUUGGGAGCGAAUCUACCUGGGUUGACAGCAGGGCAAGUUGGCAUUUCCUCUCAAACUCCAGCAGCACUUAUUUCAUGAUCAAUCCUGGCCCUGCUCCCCCACAAAUCAAAACUAGGAGAGAUGCCAUUUUCCUCCAACAAUAUUUAUUUACACGAUUCCUUCCCGCAACGUAGGAAAGACAGGUUCCCCUCACCGCCCCCCUCCCCCGGCACUGCCUCCAUUGCCCCCUCCUUGUCCCCCUGCGUCAGGUGCUCCAGACAUCAUGAGGAACAGGACAAUGGGGAUGAUGUACAUCCACUGUGGGAGAAAGAGAAAGAGGUUACAGCUGAAAAAGAGGCUCUCCCUCCUGUGCAAUGCGACUGCUCCUUCCCUGAAUUCUCCUCCUGGGCAAUGGCAACAAGUGCCCCCACCACCCUCAAGGUCUGACCCACCCCCAUCAGCCACUUCGCACUCCAGAAGAGGGUUCACUUGAAAACCAAAACGCCAUUCCGUGUUAUGUAUCCCUCCCUCCCCAACAGCACGCAGACAUGGUCCCUUUUUCCAAAUCCCAAUCACAAAAUUCCCGCCACCAGGGAUUAAAAAUGGUUAAGUCUCCGUGACAGCCAGUGGAAAGGGGGUUGUGCCCAUGAAGAAGGAAGGACCUUCCACCAGAAAAGGGAAUUUUGAUUCUGCCAUGCUUUGGUGGGGUGCAGGGGAGCGAGAGCCUGGCAGGACGAAACGGAAAAGGACACAGAGGAAGGGCUAGACUUCUGUUUCCAUAAAAUGAGCCUGGCUUUCUUUUCACAAAGAGCUAUCCAACCAGGGCCAGAGGAGGUGAGUUUCUUGACUCAAGCAGGGCAAGUAGUAGGUAAAUGAAAUCAAAACAAAAUGUGGCAACAAGCUUUUGAAGGCUUUGGCCGUUCUUGGAAUGUACUGUACCAGGGACUAGAAAAUAGAACACCAGCCCACUGAGUCAAUCGAUCCACAGGUGAUGAAUGGGGGAAGAUGCAUCUAUCUACCUUAAGCACCCUCCACCUUGAUAGACAGCAGUGGGGUGGGAAACCCAGGGCCCUCCAGAUGUUACUCCUAUAACAUCCUAUAACUCCCUUCACCCCAAACCAUGCUGCCUGGGGCUGACAGGGGCUGGAGUUCUUCACCUGGAGGGCCAAAGCUUUCUCAUCCUCAUACAGAGGUUGUGAGACAGAAAGAGGCUUACAGGAAAGGCUUUUUUGUGUGGGGGGGUGUCCUUUCAGGGAGAUAUUGGCGGGGGUGUGGGAGGGAGGGAGAAAGGGGAGCACCGAAAAGUAUUGAAGGUGUGCAGGAGGAAGAUGGAAGCAAGAUGAGCUGAGUGUGGCUUUACUUUUGCUCAGGGCUGUCGUCCUGGCUCCCGAGGGGCCGUUGCAGAGCUGGUUGCUAGGAGAAGCACUGCCCCGCCCAGAAUUAAAUGCCACUGCAGGGAUUGGGGAGAACAGAUAUCAGAGUAGGGAGCAGGGAUCGCCCUCCACCCUCACCCAAGAGCAGUGCUUUGACCAGAUUCAGAGUCAAGCCAGCAGUCGGACUCCUGAACUUAUUCUGUAUUUUUGUAUGGAGGGGAGAGGAAGAGAAGGGAGGAGCUGGGCAGCUGCUCUUCCCCAUCCCCACUUACAUAUUUGGCAAAGAAAGAUUUCUGCUCCUGCGGAUUCUUGGCUUUCUGAGCCUGCUCUUGUUCCAUGCGUUCAAUAAACGCUGCCGUCUCAGGGCUGUGGAAGAAAGCAAAAGGCCGUCAGUGGCAAAAAAAGAAGUCAAAGCCAGAAAAGAGAGAGCGAGAGAGAGAGAGAGCACGAGAGAGAGCGGAGGGAGGUGCAAAUCCUCAUGCUGCUGCUAAAAAUAAAUGGAUUAUUAUUACAACAUGUGAUAUGACCAACACAUUUCAAUACAGUGGUACCUUGGUUUACAAUCAUAUUCCGUUCCGGAGGUCCAGUUGUAAACCAAAACAGGUUGUAACCCAAGGCGCGCUUUUGCCAAUGGGGCCUCAAAAAAAAAUUAAAAAAAUGGGUUGUAAUCCAAAAAGUCCUAUGGACUGCAAGAAGAUCAAACCUAUCCAUUCUUAAGGAAAUCAGCCCUGAAUGCUCACUGGAAGGACAGAUCGUGAAGCUGAGGCUCCAAUACUUUGGCCACCUCAUGAGAAGAGAAGACUCCCUGGAAAAGACCCUGAUGUUGGGAAAGAUGGAGGGUACAAGGAGAAGGGGGCGACAGAGGACGAGAUGGUUGGACAGUGUUCUCAAAGCUACCAGCAUGAAUUUGACCAAACUGCGGGAGGCAAUGGAAGACAGGAGUGCCUGGCGUGCUCUGGUCCAUGGGAUCAUGAAGAGUCGGACACAACUAAACAACAACAAUCCAAAACGGUUGCAAACCAAGGUACCACUGUACAGUUUUCUCCAUGGACCAAGUAAUAAUAUUAAUAAUACACAAAGCAAUGUUCUGCGGUCCCUCCCCUCAUUUAUACAAGACAUCUAAGCAAGUGUUCAUCACAUCUUGUGGCAGUGAGUUCCAUGCAUUUGUUACCUACUUCGCUGCCUACCAGAACCCCUGCUGCCAGCCCUGCCUAACUGCACACAGAGACUCACACAGCUGCUGGUAUGGGCUGCUGGAGGAGGACGGUGGUAUUGAAGAGCUCCAGGUCCACAUCUUCCACCUCAGCCCCAUGGCAGGAACUGGGCAUGGUGACAAUGGAGAGACCAAUGAUGUUGCCAGCGACAUCCGUGUGAACAGUCAGCCUGUCUGACAGAUGAGACUCCACCAUGGAGCACUGCAAGGAAGGGGAAGACAGACAGAAGUUGUUGACCAUCUUACCCUUUUCUCCAACGCAAACAAGCAAUGGGAUGCAAGCUGGCCUUCCUCGGCUCAGCUAAAAAACUACCGGUGGUGAGUAAAUGGAGCCCACAGCAGGCAAUCCUCUGACCAGAGACAGACUCAUUUUGAACUUGGCCACUGUCUUCCGACGUUCUGCCAGUUUCUUAAGAUUAGAGGAUAAUAAUGAUCAAACCCCAAGUGCAUGUGGGAGUUGGGUUCUUGGUAGCUGUGCCAACAAGGAAGGAGUUCCUUUCUUCUGGAGCCGAAUCAGCCCCCUAGCGCCUUUAGGAAGCAUCACAGACAAGUUUCUAACUUAGGAACCAAGCCAAUAUUUCCCCACAUUUCUGGCUCUCCCUCUGUCAAACCCCCACAAAAGAUACAUGUACCCUCAACCACUUCCAAAGCUGUCAUGUGCCUAGGCUAGAUACUUAUUUAGCAAGUUUUUAGACUGCUCUUCCUUAAAGCAAUUCCAAGGCAAUCAUUUUACAGUGUAAAAUGUAAACACGUAAUACACAAUGAAAACCAAGUACAGAAAACCUGUAAAACAAUAAGCUCACCUUCACAUACAAUAAUUCAAUGGGGCAAAGGGGGGCAGGCUAUGCAACUCCACAUCCAGUGUGGCCAAAGGCCUGAGCGAAAAUGUUUUCUUGCCUGGCACUGAAAGCCCAUCAGGGUUUGUGCCAGUGCAAUCUGUGAAGGGAGGGGACUCCGCAACUGAGUGUCAAUAUUGAGAAUGCCCUCUCAAAUGUUGCCUACAGUGCUGCUAAGAAGUCACCUCUACCCGACUGUAAAGUCCAGGCAGGUGUAUAUGGGAGAAAGAAAUCCACCCGUUUGUGGGUAUUCUGGCAAAGAGGUGAUGUCGGUCCAAGAUGCUGGGCAGAAUUCAGCUUCUCCAUCUGCACUCUCCACAUGCAGAAAAGUAGGACCCCUGCCCAGGGUUCCCCAUGAAUGGCACUCACCGCUCGGAUGAAAGAGGUGACGUAUUCAACUCCAGCCUCCUCCAUGCUGCCUAGGGGCCGUCGUGGGAUCCGCACACGGUACAUCCCACCCUCUGUUGCCACUUCCUGGGGUUUGUGGAGAAGAGACACUUAAGUAGAAAGGAGGCACAAGGCGCCCAACUCCCCCAAACCCCACCCCAGCUAAAGGAACCAUAUCAAGGUUGCACAAUCAAAACUCAAGGGUAUUGGAAUACAUUUGACUAGUUCUGCAUGGCUUAUUUUGCUUUCAGAUAGUAAUUUAGAGCCUUUAAAAACAUACAGAAGGAAAUAAUGGGAAAGUGAAGUAUUUACAAACUUCUAUCAGGAGAGACAGAAAUUUGCUCCUUUAAAAAAAAAAAAAGAGGUCCUUGGGAUGCUACAAUUCUGUUUCAGAGGCACAGCCACCAUAAAAAAUGUAGCAUAAACACCAACAACUGGGAAACACUGGCCUGCAAGCGCUCCAACUGGAAAACAGCCUUUACCAAGGUAUCAUGGGCUUUGAAGACGCUCGAACUCAGGACGAAAGGGAGAAACGCACUAAGAGGAAGGCACACUUGGCAAACCCUCACCGUGAUCAACUCCCGCCCGGAAACCUAUGUCCCCAUUGUGGAAGGAUGUGUGGAUCCAGAAUUGGCCUCCACAGUCACUUAUGGACUCACUGUUAAAACCGUGUUUAUGGAAGACAAUCUUACUUGGCUACGAGCGAUCGUCAAAGAAGAAGACACACUAUCCUGCUGGUAGCUGGCAGGUGCAUGGCACACAACACACACUCCAAGUGCAGCAUCACCAAAGUCCCCCUUCCAUCCACGAGUCACCCUCACUAGAAGAAAGUCGCUCUCUUUCAAAGUGCCCCUUAGCUAACUGAGACUGCUUCUCCUGGUGAAGGCAAGGCUUCUCCUCUUCCACCCACACUCACCCUGAGUUUGUUGCGCUCUUCCUCAGACAACUGCUUCUGGCUUAGUGACAGGCUGGAGUCGGGGCCCACACUCCACAAGAGGGUGCCCCGCUUUUUGAACCGGAUGCUGUCAUCUGAAAGAGAAAGAAAAUCCCACAGGGCCCUGGAUCACGGUCAAACUCCGGUAGGAUGAGUCCCAUGCCUCUUUCUGUAUAUACCUCCUGACCAGCAAGGCCCAGAUCUGGAGAUCCCAAGAGUCUUAGUUCCAACUAGACCUCCCAUCAGAAAUCCACUGGUGCGACACAUUUCUGUCCCUUCAGAGGUGGAAUGCACACAACCAUCAAGCCAAGCCCUACCAACACAAUCUAGACCCCAGUGUAGCACAAAAAGAGAACAGGUGCGCACAGAUGCGUUUACAUAAGCAGGCACUGUUGAAGACUGAAACAAGAAAUUGCUUGGUGGAUUUUAAAAUAUGUAUUUUUAAGGAACUUUUAUUUUUGGAAGACAAACGUAGUCAAAAAUUCUUGGGCAAAAGUAGGCAUGUGAAAGUGCUGGACAGCUGCAGAGGGACUCUUCUUUAAUCUUUCCUCAAUGCAGCAGUUGCCCCACUUGAGGGCAGGGGUGCUUCACUUCACCUUUCCCAGGAACUGGGAACAGAAUAGAGGGGACAGGGCUUUCCCUCCUCUCAGCUAGUCUGGGAAACUUACAGUGCUUUCCAGUGACAGUACUGCUGGGGGAAACGGAAUGGACAAGGGCCAGGGUUUUGCAAGAGUGCAUGGAAGAGGAAAGUUAUGAUUUAUGCUUUCAUGGACUACAGCCCACAUUCUGAAGGAGAAGGCCUUCUCAAGCCUCACUCGUCAUAUCCAAAGCAAUCUCUGCAAAGUAAUCUCUUCCUCUUCUGCUUCACAUACAACAUUAGGGGUGACUUACACCCCACAUUGCCUGUGGCAGGAGAUAAAACCCAAGCUUGUAUCUGGGAGGGGCACAACAGCAGCAACAGCAAUGUGGGGUGCUUCAUUUUUUAAUGGAUUCCCCCCCCCCGUUUCAUAAGUUCAUUAGUAAUGCCAUUAGUAAUGCCAUCAGUUCAUUAGUGAACUGAUGCCAACUGCAAAUGCAUCAGGCAAGCCUGGCAGUUUCAAAACUUUUAGCUAUGUUUACAAGUAAAAUAAGCAUACUAAAUCAAAUCACUUUCUGGGAUAUCAGAUUUCCCCCCCAAAGUAAACUGAAAAUUCCCUGAUGCCUAUAACCUCAUGCAAAUUAGGGAAAAUCUCCCCAAAACCCACAUUAAUGAACAAAAUGCACCCUUCCUGAACCCAGUAGGGCCAUAAUAAUAAUAAUUAAGCUCAUAAUAAUUCUGCAAUGCCAAGCCCCCAUUAUCACAAAAUAUCCAAGGUGAGUCACGUACUUACAACUACACACAAAUGAAAAGAUCCCCACAUGUAUACAUUUAUGAACACACGGAACGGACUCCCUCAGGAGGUUGUAGACUCUCCUUCCUUGGAGGUUUUUAAGCAGAGGUUGGAUGGCCACCUGUCAUGGAUGCUUUAGUUGAGAUUCCUGCAUUGCAGGGGGUUGGGCUAGAUGACCCUUCAGAUCCCCUCCAACUCUACAAUUCUAUGAUUAUACAAUAUAGACAUUCAGCUGAGAGUGUGUAGGUUGUGGAUGAGCCUGAUGCCAUGAACCUUCACCCACCCUGGGUAUGUUGCCUAAUCAAGCUUCACAAACCCUUGGGUCCUUCCCUACCCCAUCAACUCACCCAACUCAAAUGAAUGCUCCAGCUGCAGGUUCAGUCCACAGGCCUCAGUGUCACGGGCCUCACCUGGCUGGAAGGAGCAAAGGUAGAUCAGAGAGUGAUUCUGAUAUUCUUUCAGCUUCUGUCCCCAUCCUCUGCUGUGCCCGUUCUUUCCCAUCCCACAUGUGUAACUAUUUAACAGGCCUGGCACCUACUUUCUUAAAGAGCACACUGUUGAUUGCCAUGAAGCAAAUACAACAGAGCUUCUCUAUGCCAGUAUACACAGCAUGUCUUGCUUGGGAACAGACUCUCACAGAUUUGGUGGCAUACACUGAUUACAAAAUACUGAUACUUUCAUUCUGGGUGAAAACAAUGGGCAAUGCCAGAAAAAGUAGAUUUAUGACAUGUAAAUACAACUAAAUAUUAUAGUACCUAAAAGACUAACUGAUUCAUUGUGACAAACUUUUUUAGACUAGAGCUCACUUCAGAUGCAUAAAAUGUCACUUGAGACGUUAUAGUGUGUAUGCAACAGGUUUUCCACCCAUUUUAAGUGACUUGCAAGAAGUAUGACACAGACUUCAUUAGGUAAAAGUUGUGCUAAGUGCAAAGAGAAACACCUCUCUAGCCACACAGCAGCCAGUUCAAGUCACUGGAAAUUCACCUGUCCCAACGUGGUGAUGCCAACAACACCCUGUGGAACUCCUGCUGGAGCAGUUGCCUCAUUUCUAAGCAGGAGCUCAUUACAUCUGAAGAGGAGAAAGUGGACAAGAGAGGCUGUUUUCCUUCUCUUAUAACACUCGAAUUGGACACCCAAGUUUCUCGAGCCUUCCAAAGAAGCUGAAUGCUAGGACUUUCCGGACAGGCAAAACAAUGUACGUCCUCAGAAAGAAGAAAGCUAAAAACUCUGGAACUCACUGCCACAAGACACUGCAACAGUCACAACCUGGCACAGAUCCAAACGUGGGGUGGGGCUAGACAAAUUCAUGGGAGUUAAGGCUACCAGUCAUUGUGGCUCUAUGCCACCUCCAGAAUCUGUCUGUAUAUAUGCUAUACAUUGCAAAGCACCCCAUGCUUUACAAUGGGAACUGUAGUUUAAGGGUGCUGGGCGGCACUGUGGUCUCAACCACAGAGCCUAGGAAGUGGCACUCGUUUGCUGUUUUCCUGUUCCAUCCUUCCCCCUCUGGUUUGUGGGCAGAGACAGCCUUGUUUAAGUAAUCGCAAGCCGUUUGGGAAGGGACGCGGGUGGCGCUGUGGGUUAAGCCACAGAGCCUAGGGCUUGCCAAUCAGAAGGUCGGCGGUUCGAAUCCCCACGAUGGGGAGAGCUCCCAUUGCUCGGUCCCUGCUCCUGCCAACCUAGCAGUUCGAAAGCACGUCAAAGUGCAAGUAGAUAAAUAGGUACCGCUCCGGUGGGAAAGUAAACGGCGUUUCCGUGCGCUGUUCUGGUUCACCAGAAGUGGUUUAGUCCUGCUGGCAACAUGACCCAGAAGCUGUAUCCCGGCUCCCUCGACCAAUAAAGUGAGAUGAGCGCAGCAACCCCAGAAUCGGCCACGACUGGAGCUAAUGGUCAGGGGUCCCUUUACCUUUACCUAAGUUAAGAAAACUACAGUUCCCAGGAUCCUUUGGGGUGCGUGGAGGGGAAACGUGAUUAAAUGUGCGUGGCGCGUACGCAGCUCUGAGAGGGCCGCUGCCCCCGUGUCCUGCCCAUGGGGCUUCUCAGGGGCCCCUGGCCGGCCACCGUACGAAACCAAACGCAGGACUGAGCAGGCUUCUCCUCUGACCCAGCAGACGCUCUUGAAGACUAAUCAGCCGGUCUCCCGGCAGCCAAUCCCCGCUCGGCCCUCAUUGCAUAUUAAUUACCCACCCCUCAGGAGACUCACUCUGAGGCCCGACUCCCCCCGGCAGCUCCCGGCUCCGGCGGCCCGGGCGAGGAACGGCGACGACAGCAGGAGGAGGAGAGCGAGGAAAACCGGGAGGGAGCGGCUGGAAGGCUUUCCUGCGGCCCCCACGGCGGCCAUUGCUCCCUUUUCCCCCUGUCACGUGACGGAGCGGGCCGCAAGGCACUAUGGGAGGAGGAGCAGGCGUGGGUUAACCGAGGCAUCUCGGCUAGGCGAAAAGAGCCAAUCGGAGGCCGCCGAAGGUUUGGCUCGCGCGCGCGUGCGCAGGGGCUGGACCUCCUCCCCUGAUUGCUACCCGGUUUUAAAAAAGGCGGGAAGCUUGCUGGGUGGACGCAGAACAGGUGGCGGCGGAGGGGAACCAGUCGCCUCCCAAUAAAUGUGCACUAUUUAGGCUGCGAUCCUAUUGACUUGAAGCCAGUACCAGAUUUACAUAUAAGCUAAACAAGUUAUAGCUCAGGGCCCCACUCUCUUGGCCCCCCCAAAAAAUAAGAAAAAAAAUAGAUGUACAUUUCCAAAAUAUAAGCUAAAAAACUAAAUAAAAUAAAACCUACAUACAGAAACAGUGUUUUGUGUUGUAUGGACUCCUCUGAUGUAAGUCAUGGGCCCCGACUGCUAGCCUGCACCCUAAAAUACCACUGGUUUGCUCAUUUCUAGAUCUGGGGUGCCUACAUUCUGCAUGUGCAAAUGGCUUUAGAUACCUAUUAGGUCCAUAAAUUACCAUAUAGCAUACAGUGGUACCUUGGGUUAAGUACUUAAUUCGUUCUGGAGGUCCGUUCUUAACCUGAAACUGUUCUUAACCUGAAGCCCCACUUUAGCCAAUGGGGCCUGCUGCUGCCGCCACGCUGCCAGAGCACGAUUUCUGUUCUCAUCCUGAAGUAAAGUUCUUAACCUGAAGCACUAUUUCUGGGUUAGCGGUGUCUGUAACCUGAAGCAUCUGUAACCUGAAGCGUAUGUAACCCAAGGUACCACUGUAUAUUCAACACAAAAAAGUGACAAUUUGUUGUUGACAAAGAACAGCUACACAUAUAAAGGGCCCCAUGACCUUCAGUAGCAUUGGGCCUCAUCAAACCUAAAUCAGGCCUUGCUUGAAGCAAAUUAUUUUUUGGGGGGGAGAAGAAAGAACAAAUGGGGGUUUUGUGCAUCAACACGCUGCCUCCUUCUCUACUGCCUUGCAGAACCAUGAGCCCUCCUCUGAUUUUUAUUAUUAUUAUUAUUAUUAUUAUUAUUGCCCAACAUUAGCCACUGAUGAUUGGGGAGCAGUCUGCGGUUUCCCCGAUGGCUGGUCAAGCAAAUGAAAAUCGAGACAGAAGGGGCUACUGUCUGUAUUUCUGUUGCUUCUGUCCUCGCUCCAUAUGAAUUCGGGCACUGGCUCCAUUUUUAGCGGUUUCAGAAUCAGCUUUUCCACAAUUUCCUCCUUCAUUGACGUAUUUAAACAGAGGUUGGAGGGCUGUCAAAUACUCUCCAAAAUUUCUCCAAUUAAUAUAGGGAUGUCCUAUUCUAUAAUAAUAAUAAUUUUAUUAUUUAUACCCCACCAUCUGAUCGGGUUGCCCCAGCCACUCUGGGCAGCUUCCAACAUAUAUAAAAACAUUAAGAAAAUCAAGAAACUUCCUUAUACAGGGCUGCCUUCAGAUGUCUUCCAAAGGUUGUAUAGUUAUUUAUCUCUUUGCCUCGGAGAUCACAUAACGCUGUACCCUCCAACAUUUCUCCGUUGAAAAUAGGGUCGUCCUAAGGAAAAGCGGGAGACUCAAGGAUCAAAUCAGAAUCUAGGGCGGCUUCUGUAAAUCUGGGACUGCCCCUGGAAAAUAGGGACACUUAUAUGUUUUAAAGGGAUGUCAAAUCAUAUAAAAAGUGUCUGGAUCUUCUAGUCCUUGUAUAAACCUUAAUUUUGUUCCAUUAUAGCUAUAUUCCAUAGUAAGUGGUACCAAACGUCCAGUGUAAGAUUGGGGCUGUUUUCCAUUGACUUGCAAUUACUAUAUGUGCUGCUAAAGUCCCCAGGGUGAAACUACCACCACUCCUGCCAAGGGAGCUGAGGCAGUUUCACCCUCGCGCCUCACAGGGCUGGAGCAGAUGCGGCUUGCUCCUCCCUCUGCUUCUCAACAUCACGAUGUAUCACCAUAUCCUGAUGUUUGGCUGGUGAUACAUUGCAGUGUUUAAAAGCUGACAUUGUAGUUUCCCAAUUGUCUUUUGUGACCAGAAUAGGAUUUCUUCCCCCCUUUUUUUCUUUUCUAUAAUUUUUAUUAAUUUUUCUGUUUCACAUUUUAGAAUAUUCAUUGAGACAACCUUAAAAUAUCAGUUCCCUUCUUCUCUUUCCAUGGUUCAUUUUGCAUAGCAUAAAUCCCUGCAUAUUUUACAUAAACUAAACCAUUCAGUAUUCCAUUAUUACAUCCAUCAAAACUCAUUUACACUGUUGAAUUUAUCUUAAUGCUGCUAAGAUUUUCACAGCUGUACACAAUUAUUUCCCAUAUAUUCAAUAAACAUUUUCCAAUCUUCUUUAAACAUAUGUUCUUCUUGUUUUCUUAUUCUAUAUGUUAAGUCUGCAAGCUGCGCAGUUUAUUCCGUCAGUUUAAGCUGCCAUUCUUCUAUGAUUGAGACCUCGCUCGUUUUCCAUUUUUGGGCUAAUAAAACAUGGGCCACAGUAGUGGCAUACAUAAAUAACCUUUUUUGACAUCUGGGAAUUUCCGUCUGAAUUAUCCCCAACAAAAAGGACUCUUUUUUUUUUUUUUUUGAAAAGUCCUUUUAAACAUUAAAAAUAAAACCAGAAUAGGAUUUCUUGGCACUUUCAGACUUUUCCCAUGUCCUCCUUCUUCUCCAAACAGGUUCUAGGCUGCAGUAGCCCGGACCGCUUUUGUGCCCACUGGAUGUCCCAAGUUUUGGAAUGGGAGACCUGCAGAGGUGCCUAGCUACCGGGGAAUAUGGCUUGCUGAAGGAUUGUCCCCUGUUUGAAAGCAAUUUCAUGCAGGUGAGUUUGGUACUUGACUCGCAGUGGAGGCUGCCCCAUUAGAGCAAACUGCCCCAAGCAACCCAUCAGCCAAAUACACCUGCCUGCCUUCAUACUUAACAGCCAAUGCAGUGCAAAGCAAAUUAGUUGGUUCCGCCCAGUGUUGGCUUUCCUAUUUUCCACCCCACCAAACACCACUGAUAUAACCCUGGCAAGCCCACUUGACUAAAACAAGCUUAGUCAGAUGUGUUGCAGUUGGUUGAUCAACUGAUUCAUCUACAUAAAUAUGUGUAGGAUUACAAUACAGGCUGGGUGAUGGCACUUUUCCUCUCCACAACAUAUUUUAUGAUCUUCUGGAUUAUAAUGAUUCUAAGUACAUAAAAUUCAUAAAUACAUCAUGUGGAUUUUUGAAAAAGUUACUCUGAGAAUAAGAUGGAGAAAAGAAGGUAUGUAAUAAUUAUAAUAUACAGCAGUAAUAGAUAAUUUGAGGAAACCACGGAAGGGUGGAAGGGAAGUCGAUGACCAUGGGAAAGUAUAUUUGAAAAUGUUUGACUAAUUGUCUUCUAUUUUUGGAGCUCAUCCCAUUGCGCACCCCAUAGUUGCCUUUGACUGGACUUAACCGUCCAGGGGUCAUUUACCUUUACCUUAUUUUUGGAAAAUUUAGAAUUUAUUUUUUUAAAACAUCUGCAUCACCCAGGAGAUUGCAGCCGCAGAGAUAAGAAAAGAAGAUCCACUCUGCUGUCUGGAGAGGUCACUUCCUGCUUUGCAUAGAGAAAUGUUGCAACCCCCCCCCUAACAAUUUUGCGCCCAGGGCAACCGUCCCUAUGUCCCCCCCCCAUACACAUUACACCACUGGGUUUCCUCGCCCCUAUUUUAGCUGGUACUAAGUGCUUGGGGAAUUCCCUGAAGUUUGGGAGGACCAGAUGUCUCUCUUCCUUGCUUUUAAUAGUCCUGAUGUGAAUGCCGCCCCAAGAUGUUCUUUAGCGACAGUUUCUGUGAAGUCAUGAGAAAGGGAGUCUCUCUCUUCCCAGGUUACCAAGACAGGAGACAUAGCCAACAGGGUCACUGUGGGCAUUGCUGCCACCAGCCCAAGCCUGGAGCUGCCAGAUCUCAUGUUGCUGGCCCGACCUGGCUCAUGCUUAACAGGGCAGUACCAGUGCGAGUGUCCCAAUCCUGAAGCAUCGCCAGGCCCCGACGAUGAGCUGCAGCUCUUUGGGUAAGUCCCUUUCUCAGCACUUACCGUCCUAUCCUGGAGCAUCCCUACAACUCGGAGGUAAGUCCCAAAGGUUCCAGUGGGUCUUGCUUUUAAGGCAGUGUGUUCUGUUUUCAAGCCUGUGUUCCCAGGGUUGCCGCCUUAAAUCAUGGUGAAGGAGGCGUAGAGAAGGUCUGGAAUCUCGAGGCUGCCUGGAAGGUCUGCUUCCAGAUUAUGUAAUCCUACCCGCUUACCAUAGACCAGGAAUGGGGAACCUGUGGCCUGCCAGAUGAUUCCCAGCAUAACCUAGUCGCAGCUCAGGACUUCAGUACCUACGGACGCCUCUCCCCAGGCCCUGUGCUUGUCAUCCGAGGCCCUUCUCUAUGUUCCCCCCUCUCUCUGAGAGGCUCAGAGGGUGGCCUUUUCUGUGGUGGCUCCCCAUCUGUGGAAUGCUGUCCUCAGAGAGGCUCACUUGGCAAGAUCAUUACAGUCAUACCUCAUGUUACGUCCUCUUCAUGUUACGUUCUUUCAGGUUACGUCCCGCGGCGACCCAGAAGUACCGGAAAGGGUUACUUCUGGAUUUCGCCACUCGCGCAUGCACAGAAGUGCAAAAUGACAUCACGCGCAUGUGCAGAAGCGGCUAAUUGCAACCCGCGCGUGCGCAGACGCGCUGCUGCGGGUUGCGCUCUUUUCAUGUUGCGAACGGGCCUCCAGAACGGAUCCCGUUCGCAACCAGAGGUACCACUGUGCAUGUCUUUAGGUGCCAGGCGAAAAUAUUUCUCUUUACCCAGGCCUUUGGCCAUUAAAUAAUCUAUGGCCUGUUAAAUGUGGGACAGGGGGCUGUUAUUAUACUAAUAGUAGUAAUGGUAAUAGUAGUAGGAGUAAUAAUGAUAAUAAAUUUAUAUGCCACCCAUCUGAUUGCAUUGGCCCAGCCACUCUAGGCAGCUCCCAACCAAAAAGAGUAAAGAGUAAAAAUAAUAGCAAUAGCAAUAGCAGAAAAGAAAUAAUAUUAAAAAUAAAUAAUAGUUUUUAAAAGUUUUUUAUUAGUAUGCUGUCUAUUAAGGUUUGUAUUAUUAUGUUGUUGUUGUUAUGCUCCAUAAAAUAUCUUCUCAGUGUGGUACACUGCCCUGGGAUCUUUUAAUAAAGGGCGGUAUAUAAAUCAAAUAAAUAAAUAACUAAAAUAAACAGUAAUUGGCUGUGCUGCCUGGGGCUGAUGGGAGUUUUAGUUCAACCACAUUUGGAGGACCACAAGUUCCCUGUCACUGCUUUAGAUGGACAGAUCCUGGUUUCAGUGAUGCGUCAGGACCCUCUGCACAUGCUCAGAGUAAUUCUCCAGCCUUUUCUCUGAGUGUGUUCAGGAAAACAACCCCAGGCAGAUGCUUUAGAAAAACAGAUUCUGGAUACAACCAACAUAUUCAAGUUAACCUGUUUCAGUAAAAAGAACUGUGGUGCUUGCUGUAAAGAUUGAACAGUUACUGUGGCCAAAGCUUCCAUGGGCUAUGAACUAAGUGGAAAAACAUGAGCCGUGGGGAGUGUGUGAAUUCAACAGACCUUAGUUUGUUUUUGUUACGGUUGUUAGUAUCGUUUUGUGGAUUACGAGUGCUGUAAUGCUUUGUGAAUUUCACAAUUUCUUGUGGUUGUGCUAUGUAGCCUUUGGAGGGGUGUUUUCUUAAUAAUGUAUUAUAGAAGGUGGUUGUUUUACCGAUGGUUUGCAAUUGUCCCACUGAUGGUUUGCUAAUUAUUUUAUACAAUUUAUGUUGCGAUCGUGAUCUUCCAUUAUGUCAUUGUUAUUUGUAAGCUGCUUUGUUAACUCGCGCGGGUGAAAAGUGGAAACAUAAUAAAUAGAUAGUAGAAACAUAAUAAAUGACAUGAAGUUAAUUGGGCCAGAGGGAACCUUAUUGGCUACCCAGACAUAGAAUCUAAAAAACCCUGCAGACCGGAGGUUCCUCACGACUGAGGUAGAUGGAUCAAUGGUACGUAGCAGUUUCAGAGGACUUGGGGUAUAGGUGGCAAAGAUGACAUUUCUGGGCCUUCUCAGAAGGCCCUAUGGAUAAAGACAGUCUUUUAACUAAGGUAAGCCAUUAUAUCUGCAAUUACAGGCCGACCUAUUUUUCCAAAUCCUGCCUUAGCCUUGCUGUCUUUGGACAUAGACCAAAGCUCCACCCUGCACCACAGAGAACUACAAUCAUACUUUGGAAGUCAAAUGGAAUCCAUUCCAGAAGUUCGUUUGACUUCCAAAAGGUUUGGAAACCAAAGCGCGGCUUCUGACUUGCAGCCAAUCAGAAGUCAUCGAAGCCCCAUCAGACGUUCAGCUUUCAAAAAUAGUUCGCAAACCGGAAUAGUCAGUUCCAGGUUUGCAGCUUUCAGGAGCCAAAAUGUUUGAGGACUAAGCUGUUCAAAAACCAAGGCACGACUGUACUAGGCUUCUUACUGACCACAGCACCAUAUGCGAUAGCUGAGCAACGGAAGAUCCAGACUGAAAUACCCCUGAAUAUACGGGAGAAUAAUAUCUGGGAUACAGUAAUGCUCAAGUGUCUCACCAGACGCAGGAGGGCAGUUAAAGGCAUCAUGAAUAGAGACACCUUCCAAGACACAGGGGCCCCUUAACUACGUUAAUGACCCAAAUCAAGACCUUGUUAUACCAACCACUCAAUACUCUCAGUGGAGAGGUUACAUUUGAACGUUGAAUGUGUAAGUGUAUGUCUAAAGACAAUGGAUACAACAAGCACCCUUAGAUGUAGUAAUUACUAUUAUUAUUAUUAUUAUUAUUAUUAUUAUUAUUUAUAUCCCGCCCUCACCAGCCAAAGCUGGGCUCAGAGCGGCUAACAACAAUAAAAGUAACACAGAAUUCUAAAAUCAAUUCAUUCUAAAAUCAAUUCAAAAUCAAAUUAAUGGCAACCAUUGGGCUAGAGAUCUAUGAGGAUUACCAAAGGAGGGGGUCAGCCUGUGCCUUGGCCAAAGGCCUGGUGGAACAGCUCUGUCUUGCAGGCCCUGCAGAAAGAUGUCAAGUCCCGCAGGACCCUAGUCUCUUGUGACAGAGCGUUCCACCAGAUCGGGGCCACAGCCAAAAAAGCCCUGGCUCUGGUUGAGGCCAGCCUAACCUCUCUCUGGCCUGGGACCUCCAAGAUGUUUUUGUUUGAAGACCGUAAGGUCUUCCGUGGGACAUACCAGGAGAGGCGGUCCUGUAGGUAUGAGGGUCCUAGGCUGUAUAGGGCUUUAAAGGUUAAAAUCAGCACCUUAAACCUGCUCCUGCUCCACCGGGAGCUAGUGCAACUGGUAUAGCACCGGGUGAAUGUGAUCCCGUGGCAAAGACCCCGUAAGGAGUCUCACCGCGGCAUUCUGCACCCGCUGGAGUUUCUGGGUCAGUCUCAAGGGCACUGCUAGGUAAGUAUUUAAUGGCUAUUGUGUUUGUUUAAAAGCAAAUAAAAAUUGUUAACCAAAAAAGACUAGGGUAAGCCUAAGUGGCUUGAGGGUUUUCAGGCUGAUCCCCACCAGCACUUUGAGCUGAGACUACAGUGCAGCGGGGAGCACCCAGGUGGAAUGGCAACCGGUGACAAUGGCCUGAUUUCCGGAGCUGCCGCACUGAUGUGAGAGUGGCCCUUUUGUGCCACAGGAGGGUCUUGGGGAGCAGGUGUCUCACUCUACCUUCUCCUGAUGAGCACACUUCCAUCUCCUCCGCCAGGCUUCUGCCCUUGAAGUUUGUCCGGAUCUACAUCCACGAUGAGACGCGAUACCAGCUCAAAAUCCGCCUGGCCAACGGCCGCACCUUUUACCUGCAACUUCUGGCACACCCCCUCAAACAAGAGCAUGUCUUUGGGCAGUGGGUACGGCUGCUCUACCGCUUGCGCUUCCACCAAUCUGACGCUCCAGUCGCUUACGAGCAAGUGAACCAGCAGAGCCGGAGGCCCAGCAGACAAUAGUAGGUGAGUCUUGGCUCGCUUCCCAAAGAAGCCAACGGAUCCCUGGGUCCCAAUUCACCAGGUGCACCAAAUAACGAGGAAGCAUUCAGAUUCCUGGGGAUGAUGGUACAUCAGGGGAGAGAGCAGAGGAGAGCAGUGGCUGCUCCUUUGGGCAGAAGGUGGCAUGUGUGCAGAAAGUCAAUAAUAAUAAUAAUAUCCCACUUAUCUGACUGGGUUGCCCCAGCCACUCUGGACAGCUUCCAACAUAUAUAAAAUAUAAUAAAACACUAAACAUUUUAAAAAAACAACUUUCCCAUAUAGGACUGCCUUCAGAUGUCUUCUAAAGGUUGGAUAGUUACUUAUCUCCUUGGCCUGGAGGGUCGCAUAGCUCCAUACCCUCCAACAUUUCUCCAGUGGAAAUAGGGACAUUCUACGGAAAAGCAGGACAUUCCAGGAUCAAAUCAGAACCUGGGACGGUUUCUGUAAAUCUGGGAUUGUCCCUGGAAAAUGGGGGCAGUUGGAGGGUCUGGGAGUGGCCAUGUUCACAUCCGCACCUGGCAUUUAAAGCACUCCUAUACCACUUCCCCCAAGGAAUCCUGGGAACUGUAGUUUGUUAAGGAUGCUGAGAGUAAUUAGAAGACCCUUCACAGUGACAAUUCCCAGCACCACUCUGGGAACCAGUUGUGACCACUCUGGAGAACCAGUUGAUGAAGCUUCCAAGUUCUGAGGCCCAGCAAACCAUAGGCCUUGGCCAGGCAGUCAACAAAGGAUCGGUAGGCCUCAAAGUAUUAUAGUUUCUGGGGAAUUGCGACUUCUCAAGUGCGCUUUAGGAUCUUCUCUAUUGUUCGUCUGCCUCCUACAUCUCUGUCUCCCCCUCUUCUCUGUUUUCCUUUGUGUUUUGUAUCAGGAGGAAAAGAAAGCGUGUUCUCCAGGUGAGGAAGAAGACAAUGACUCUUGGGGAAACCAAGGAUUUCUUUUAUCUGUCCCCCGAAACUAAUACAGAGGAAGGUCCCCCUCCCUGGCAGGCUGCCUGGCCCCGGACACCGUUCCUCCUCACAUGAAGUCGUCGCAACGCGCCCAAGGAGGAGACCGCACCCCCGUUUCUUCCCCCCUCACACACACAAUAAAACCAGUGAACACAAA